AUGUAUGUUAAGAUCGAGACGUCAAGAUUAGACUAUUUCCGUAGCAAACAACAACAUAUUCGAUCUGAGUUAUAUCAAGGUAUUGUUGAUACCAUUACACUAGGGGAAACUAACGCUUCUAAUGUUGGAAAACGGAUUAUUCUGCCUUCGUCAUUUAUUGGGGGUCCAAGAGACAUGCGAAAAAGAUAUAUGGAAGCAAUGGCUUUAGUUCAGCGUUAUGGUAAACCAGACAUUUUUUUAACAAUGACAUGCAAUCCAAAUUGGCAAGAAAUUUCAAAUGAAUUACGCCUACAUGAGGAGAGUCAAAAUCGGCCUGAUUUAGUUGCUCGGGUCUUUCGUGCAAAAUUAGAAGAAUUAAAGGAUCGAUUAUUCAAGCAACAGAUAUUUGGAAAAGUUUCAGCAUAUGUUUAUGUUAUUGAGCACCAAAAAAGAGGCAUUCCACAUGCUCAUUUUCUAAUUAUAUUACAAAGAGAUUGGAAACUCUAUGCGCCUGAAUCUUUUGAUGACAUUGUAUCGGCAGAAAUACCUGAUAAAAAUACGAAUUUGCACUUGCAUAACGCCGUUGUCAAGCAUAUGAUGCAUGGACCAUGUGGAGUGUUGAAUCCAACAAAUGUUUGCAUGAAAAAAAAUGGUUAUUGCAAAAGCCAUUAUCCAAAAAAUUUUGCAUCAAGUACGACUGUUGGAAAUGAUUGCUUCCCAAUAUAUAGGCGUUCUGACAAUGGAAUAACUGUCAAAGUGAGAGGUCAUAAUUUGGAUAACCGUUGGGUCGUUCCAUAUAAUCCGUAUUUGCUUGCAACAUUUGACUGUCACAUUAACGUCGAGAUUUGUUCUACUAUAACAGCAGUCAAAUAUCUUUAUAAGUACAUUUACAAAGGGCAUGAUCGUGUUGCUUUCAAUUUGGUUUCUGAACAAAAUAAUCAACAAAUUGAUGAAAUCCAACAAUUCCAAUCAGCCCGAUGGAUUGCUCCGCCUGAAGCUAUGUGGAGAAUAUAUGGCUUUGUUGUUAAUGAAAUGUACCCAGCAGUGUAUAGCUUACAUUUACAUCUUGAGGAUCAACACCAAGUAACUUUUCGAGCAAAUGAAGACUUAAUCAAUGUUCUCAACUCUGAUCGGUCUGCAAAAUCGAUGUUAACAGAAUUCUUUGCAUUAAAUCGAGUGGAUGAGAAUGCCAGGACAUUGUUGUACAAAGAAUUUCCAGAAUUCUAUGUUUGGAGCCAACAAUACAAAGAGUGGACUUGUCGAAAAAAGAAAACUGUUAUAGGUCGAAUUAUUACAGCAAAUCCAUUUGAAGGUGAGAGGUAUUAUCUGCGGAUAUUGCUAAAUCAUGUAAGAGGACCUUUGUCAUUUGAAGAUCUUAGGACAGUUGAUGGUGUUGUGGCUCCAACUUUUCGUGAGGCAGCAACUAUGCAUGGUUUGCUACAGAGAGACAGUGGUUUAGAAGAUUGUUUACAUGAAGCAUCUCUAUAUCAAAUGCCGUCCAGUUUGAGGCGGCUAUUUGCAACUAUAUUGGUUUAUUGUAAUCCAACCAAUCCGAGAGAGCUUUGGGAACGUUUUGAGCAAGAUAUGUCAAUUGAUUUUAGGUCAACUGAAGAUUCUAUGUUGACUGUAAGAAUGCAAGUUUUGCGCUCAAUCUCUUUUACACUUGAAUCAAUGGGGAAACACAUUAAUUCAUUUCAUCUUCUUGAUGACGACAUUUGUUUUGAUGAAGACCAAUUCGAAUCUAGGGAAAUCGAUGAUGAAUUGGCUGUUGAAAUUCCAGAAGAAGAUACUGCUGCAUCAGAAAUCCUUAAUAGUGAACAGCGACAUGUCUAUAAUUCAGUUUUGGAAAAUGUUUUUUCAAACAAAACUGCUACAUUCUUUGUUGAUGGCCCUGGUGGGACAGGGAAGACAUUCCUGUACAAGGCACUUCUCGCUGCAGUAAGAUCAAGAAAAUUAGUGGCACUUGCAACUGCUUCAUCUGGUGUUGCUGCAUCUAUCCUUCCUGGAGGUCGAACAGCACACUCGCGCUUUAAGAUUCCAUUAGAUACUGAUGAACAUAGCAUGUGUUGUGUUAGUAAACAAAGUGCCAUUGCAAAGCUACUACGUGUAGCAAGGUUAAUUAUAUGGGAUGAGGCCCCUAUGUCAAGAAAACAACACAUCGAAGCUUUAGAUAAAAUGUUACGAGACAUUAAUGAUUCAGAGUUAACAUUCGGUGGAAAAGUUGUCGUUUUUGGUGGAGAUUUUCGCCAGGUUUUACCUGUGGUUCGUAAAGGAACAAGACAAGAACAUGUUGACGCCAGUUUGGUUUCUUCUUAUUUGUGGCCUACAUUGAUCAAACUUCGUUUAACUGAAAAUAUGAGAGCAAGAUUGGAUCCAGUUUUUUCAGAAUAUGUGUUAGAAUUAGGCAACGGAAUGCCACCAAUCACAAUUGACGAAACUGUAAAAAUUUCUAAUGGCAUGCUUGUUCCCUAUGAAGAUGACUGUACUUCUUUGGAUCAUUUAAUAGAUGUUGUUUUCCAAGAUAUUCAUGAAUAUUCAAUAAAUAUUUCAGCUAUGAUGAAUCGGGCCAUAUUAACACCAAAGAACAGUUAUGUUGAUGAAAUAAAUACAUUACUGAUUCAUAGGUUUCCUGGUGAGCUUAGGCGAUAUUAUAGUUUUGAUGAAGCAAUAGAUGCAUCUGAACAAUCAGUUAUGGAGGAUUUUUUAAAUACUCUAACCCCAAAUGGACUUCCUCCUCAUGAAUUGUUACUAAAGAUAAACUGUCCCAUCAUGUUGCUUAGAAACAUUAACCCUUCAGAAGGACUAUGCAACGGAACACGUCUAAUUUGUCGGGCUUUUGAUCGAAAUGUAAUUGAUGUAGAAAUCGCAGUUGGGCACCAUAGCGGAAAAAGAGUCUUUAUUCCAAGGAUCUCAUUCUUGCCAAAUCUUGAUGAAAAUAGUGUUUUAAAGAUGCGGACGGUUUAUACAUCGAUAAAAGAUAUCACUCCAAGUACAAGGAAUUGGAAAAUCAAAAUGAUCGUGGCAGACAAGUCACCCAAACGAACAGGCCAACGCUCACCAGUGAAGUACCAAAGCCUAACGUUGAUUGAUCCAGAGGGAAAUCGAGUACAAGCAACAAUGUUUGAUAAAGAUAUAGACUCGCGAGAUGAUACUUUACAUAUUUUCCGGUCAUAUUACAUCAGUAAUGCAUAUGUAAGGCCACUGGAUCCGAAGUAUAGAAUUGAAACACAUGAAUAUCAAUGGAUCUUAAAUUCCAAAACGAUAAUUGAGGAAGUUCCAAAGGAUGAAGAACAAUUGGAGGCACCAAAGUACCAACUCAUUCCGUUCAAUGAAUUAGACGCUUACAAAGACUCAAUUGCAGAAAUAGAUGUUUUAGCUGUUGCAAUCAAUAUCAAGCCAUGUAGAGAGAUAACUUCAGUACAUGGACCAACAACUAUUCAGGAAAUAUAUGUCAUUGAUCAAAGCUUAAACCCCAUAUGUUUAACUAUGUGGGGUCAAUUUGUGCAAGAUGAAUGCAAAAAAAUCUCAGAAAUAAUUGGGACAAAGCCAGUUAUACUUGGAACAAGAAUAAGAGUUGGUUCUUAUAAUGGAUUGUCUCUUUCAUCACGUCCGAAAAGUAAAUUUAUGAUCAAUCCUGUUCUUCCUGAGGCAACUUCAUUGCAAGAGUGUUGUCGAGCAUAUGUUCAACUCGACGAUGGUACAGGAAGACUAUCUGCUGUUAUGUUUGGUGAAGUUGUAGAGGAAGCAUUCGGUUGUUCGGCAGUUGAGCUGAUGAAGCAUACUGGUGAUGAACAUUUGCCUUAUAUAGAAAAUCUUGUAGCACAAGUUUCACAGAAAGAGUGGAUGAUUGAACUUUUAGUAGAUCCCAAUCGACUCAACCAACAACAGCACAAGAAUUUCAAUGUCAUUUCUAUUGAUGCAGUACAAGAAGACACAAAAUGA